AUGGCCUCCGAAUUGCUGAUCGCGUCGCUGACGUCGACGAUGCCGAAUCCCGUGUCGGUGCGACCUUCGAUUGGCGCCCGCACGGCCUCGGCUCGCUCGCUGCCGAAAUCGACCCAUCCACGCAUAACGAUCGUGUUGCCGAGUGCGAAAAUCCCGGACGAGAUACGCCCCGGCGUGAUCGAGCUGGCAAAGCAUAGCGUCAGGGGCAACGUCAGCGUGCUCGGCGACGAUGAACCGGCGCCGAGCAGCGACGGCAGCCUCUACGUGUGGACCGUGGGGUGGGUCAAGUUUCCCUCGCCCAGGCUCGAGCUGCGAACCGAACAGUGAACUGCUAGGCGUGACAUUUCGUCACCGCUCACAGCGCUCCUCUUGCUCGUAGGACUGGAAGCUUUUCUAGGGUGCUGAUCUAGCUGUCUACAAUUGCUCUCAGCUUUUGGCACGACCCUUCGAUCGGCGACAGGGGGAUGCGUCUCGACUGCAACCUCGACGACUUUACGGCGGCCACCGGGGGCGCGUUUGAGAUAGAGAUUAGCUACAAUAGAACCGUUGAGGGUGAGUCACAGUGAUAUGCGGUAUGCAUUAAACUUUUACUUUGCGUCUGUCUCUCAUUUGUUUCGUUCCCCUGCAGCCUUUCGAGGACUUGGACACGUGCUUGCCAUCUCGCGAGGGUUGUCGACUUUCGAUCAGCCUUUGUCCUCGUCGGCGGACUCUGACCCCGAUCGCAUGUCGCAAUCCGACGCCGGAUCGGGGAUGAAGGACGUCCACGAGGGCCACCAAAGCGAUGGAGUACGAUGGUCAGGCAACGUCGGGUCCGCCAUUUGCCGCAGGGAGACCUGUCUCUUUGAAUCCGUCGGGUAAGACAUUGUUGGCUGCCUGGGGAAGUGUGGGGGUGGGGCGAGGCGCCCUUCGAUGGACGAAACCAUUGGACCUGACAAGCGUCUUUGCCUUUCGUUCCGGGCCAAUUUUCACAGUGUCAUGAUCGACUGUUCGAGGAACGGUGUUCUCAAAGCCGAUGCUGUCAAGUGGCUGUUGCGGCAUCUCGCCCUCAUGGGGGUCAACGUCCUGCAGGUAAGUCAGCCUCUUCUGUGCAAGCCCGGGUCACCGCGGGCCCCUCACGCGUCAAGGACCCUAAUCAAGUGGACGGCGACCGGAUUGAUAGCUGUACUGCGAGGACACCUACGAGAUUGACGGGGAGCCAUUUUUUGGCUAUUUCCGAGGUGCGAACACCAUUACUGCUCUGCGCCUUUUGCAACCCGGCCCCGCACAGUGCUGAGCUCUCUGUUCGUUCCUUCCCUCCUUAGGACCAUACACCGAGGCCGAACUCCGCGAGAUCGAUGACUACGCUUUUGUGCUCGGAAUCGAAGUGAUUGCGUGCAUUCAGACGCUUGGCCAUCUUGGUCAAAUGCUCCAGUGGCCCAAGUAUGGCAAACUACGCGACACGGCCGAGGUCUUGUUGGCCGAGUCAGGUGAGACGUAUGCGUUCAUUGAGAAGGUGAGGGGCACCUCGUUUGGCUGGGUUCCCUCACAAUCGCUUAUACUUAUGAGCCUGUACCAAACCCUCCACGAUUAUUUUCAUCAUGAACCAGAUGAUACAAGCCGUAACGAGGCCACUGCGAUCGAAGCGGGUGCAUAUCGGUAUGGACGAAGCCCAUGGUGUUAGCGAGGGGCGCUACAGGCAGCUCUUUGGCUACAAGGAGUCGACAACCGUCGUGUGUGCCCACUAAACCACAAUCUUUCCCCGUGUGUUUGAUCGACCUGACAUUGCUAGUUUCAUACCAGUUCACCGACCAUCUGCAAAAAGUCAACAGCAUCUGCGUUGCCAAUGGGCUCGCCCCCAUGAUCUGGAGUGACAGUCAGUCCCAACGUUUCGACUGUGGCAGAUCUGGUAUGACUUAUCGACUCUAAACUAUUGUGCCUUCAGUGUUGUUCUGUCUCCCGGCCAAGAACAAUGCGCUCUCGGGCUAUUACGACCUCAAUACCGUCGUGUCGGAGGAGCUGACUUCGUCCAUCCCUGCCGAAAUUUCAACCGUGUUCUGGGAGUUGAGUUGCUGCCUUACCUCCCCACCAGUCAGGGUUCUCGGUGGACCACGAGCACUGACCGGCCCCCACUGAUCACCUCACAGUUAUUAUCAUACCGACUCGAGACCUUACACGGCCAAGAUCGCCCAACACUGGCAACUUGCCAACAAAGCGCCGUGGAUGGCCUCCGGGGUUUGGACGUGGUCACGAUUCUGGACGGCGCUCCCUUUCACCUUUGCCACGGUUCGAGCCAGCAUGAAGGCUUCGAAAAACCCAACCACCGGCGUUACUGCGGUCAUGACGACGAUCUGGGGAGACGAAGGCAACGAAUGCGAUCUCUACUCUGCUCUUCCGGGAAUGCUGUACCAGGCCGAACAUGCUUACACCCAGGCCGAAGAAGUCGACGCUGGGCUGCUGCGAAAAAAAUUCGACGGCAUCGCAGGUGCAGACUUCGACGACUAUGUCUUUGCCAGUAAGCUAGACGACACGCAGCCGGAAACGCAGCCGAUAUCGAUCAACACCCACUACACACCCAACAUCGCCAAGUUCCUCUUGUGGGAAGACCCUUUCUUCUCCUUCUUGUCGCCUCAAUAUCGAGGUUACGAUCUCGAGUCGCACUACUUGCACGUCGCGACCUACCUCGAGCAAGCUCUGUCGUCCGACUUCAGCGCGAUGACAACAAUCGCGGUGCCCCAUUCGGUCGACGAUUUUCCCGCGAACAAACGCCUCCAGCUCCCUUACCUGCUUGCUCGCAUCUUGUCCCUCAAGUGCCAUUUGCGAGAGCGCCUCGUCCACGCUUACCGACACGCGGAUCAUGUCGAGUUCACCGCGCUUGCCGGACCGGCGAAAGAAAGUCGUCUCAGCCGGUUGCGAGCGCUGGUCAAGGAGUUGAAGAAGGUCCAUAGGCGACAUUGGUUCAGCCUUUACAAGCCUUUUGGGUGGGAGGUCCUCGAUCUACGUUACGGUGGUCUGGAGGCUCGGUUGGAGACAAUGCACGAGAGGUGAGUUUAGGCCCGAUCAACCUGCGUUGGGCGUAGUUUACUAUACUACGCGAGAGGUAACUGACCCAUGCCGACCAAUUAUGUCGAUGUGAAAAAGGUUGAUCGCCUACCUGGAUCCGAGAGACAGUUCCGUGACUCGUAUCGAGGAACUCGAGGUCGACAAUGAGGUCGUGAGUGCUGCCGAGUCAGGCCUUCUGAAGAGGAGGAAUCUCCCUGGCCAGUUACUUAUCCCUGUCGGUCCACGCAUUCGAUGGCAGGUGUUCGAGGGGCAGAGGCUCAACCUGAUGCUCGACUAUUCUCGAGCCUCCCGACCGCAAUAUGUCUGA